GGUCGCUCUCCCCCGGCUCCUCCUCCUCCCUGCGGCCGGAAGGUGAGGCCGGGCAGCCGCUUGUGUGCCCCUCGGGGAGGAGAACAACGAGAUCGAGCUGGAAGACGGAGGAGCGUGGUCACCUUCUACGGACUAGCCUAAAUUUGGUGCUAAAGGUUCCGCCCGGCAAAGGAUGAACGGAGCAGCUGGUGGGCAAACCAACACCACCAUGACCGCCCCUAACGAUCAGGACCAAUGGUCCCAAGAUGACAUGCUCACUCUCCUGGAGACAAUGAAGACACUCCUACCAGGCCAGGACAACACAAAGUUCAAGACCACUGAGUCCCAUCUGGAUUGGAACAAGCUGGCCUUUAAGCACUACAACGGUUCCAUGUGUCGCCAGAAGUGGACUGAGAUUUCAAAUGAGGUCAGGAAGUUUCGGACACUGUCAGAAUUGAUACAUGAUGCAGAAGAACACGUGAAGAACCCAUACAAGGGAAAGAAGCUGAAGAAACAUCCUGAGUUUCCCAAGAAGCCCCUGACCCCCUACUUCCGCUUCUUUAUGGAGAAGAGGGCAAAAUAUGCCAAGCUGCAUCCAGAGAUGAGCAACUUGGACCUCACCAAGAUCCUAUCUAAAAAAUAUAAAGAGUUGCCAGAGAAGAAAAAGGGGAAAUACAUCCAAGAUUUCCAGAGAGAGAAGCAGGACUUUGAAAAGAACCUGGCAAGAUUCAGGGAGGAACAUCCAGACCUCAUGCAGAGCACCAAAAAAUCGGACGUCCCUGAAAAGCCUAAGACCCCUCAGCAGCUGUGGUACAACCACGAGAGGAAGGUCCACCUCAAGCUGAAACCUGAUGCCAGCACUAAAGAUGUGAAGGAUGCGUUAGGAAAACAGUGGUCACAACUUACAGAUCAGAAGCGUCUAAAGUGGAUUGACAAGGCACUUAAACAACGCAAGCUAUAUGAGAACGCGAUGAGAGAGUACAUGCAGAAGCACCCAGAGAUGAAUAUUACUGAAGAGGGCAUCACCCGCUCUACGCUGACCAAGGCAGAGCGUCAGCUUAAAGACAAGUCUGACGGUCGGCCAACAAAACCCCCUCCAAAUAGCUAUUCCAUGUACUGUGCAGAGCUGAUGGCCAACAUGAAGGAUGUGCCCAGUACAGAGCGUAUGGUGCUGUGCAGUCAGCAAUGGAAGCUGCUCAACCAGAGGGAAAAAGAUGCUUAUCACAAGAAGUGUGAGCAGAAAAAGAAAGAUUAUGAAGUGGAAUUAAUGAGUUUUCUUCAGACUCUCCCAGAAGAGGAAAAACAGAGGGUCCUGGCAGAGGAAAAGAUGGUCAGCUCGAACAAGCGGGUCUUGAGCAACGCCACCUCAAAGGGAGCCCAGGAAGCAGCGAAGGCAAAGAACAAAAAGGCAGGUGCAGAUGAGAAGGGAAAACUUCCAGAACCGCCAAAGACGGCUGAAGAAACUUGGCAACAGAGCGUGAUUGGGGACUACCUUGCCCGGUUUAAGAAUGACCGAGCCAAAGCCCUGAAGAGUAUGGAGGCCACCUGGACGAACAUGGAGAAGAAAGAAAAGAUCAUGUGGAUUAAAAAGGCAGCUGAAGACCAGAAACGAUACGAGAGAGAAUUAUGCGACAUGAGGUCACCUCCAGCAGCGGCUCCAGCAGCUCCAACCAGUAACAAGAAGGUGAAAUUCCAGGGAGAACCCAAGAAAGCCCCAAUGAAUGGCUACCAGAAGUUCUCCCAGGAGCUGUUGUCAAAUGGAGAGCUAAAUCACCUUCCCUUGAAGGUGCGGAUGGUGGAAAUCGGAAGUCGCUGGCAACGGAUUUCACUCAGCCAGAAAGAUUUUUACAAAAAGCAGGCCGAAGAUCAACAGAGAAUCUACCGCAUGCAGCUCGAAAACUGGAUGAAGAGUCUGUCAUCUCAAGAACGUGCCGCCUACAAAGAGGCGAAUUGUAGUAAGCGGAAGAGUACUACGAAGCUGAAGGGACCUGCCCCCAAAUCCAAGCCAGUCGCUCAGAAAUCCGAGGAUGACGACGAUGAUGACGACGACGAUGAUGAUGAUGACGACGAUGAUGACGAUGAUGAUGAUGACAAUGACGAGGAUAAGGACUCCUCUGAAGGAGACUCCUCUGACUCUAGUAGUGAAGACAGCGAGGAUGGGGAGGAGAAUGAAGACGAAGAGGAGGAUGAUGAAGAGGAUGAUGAUGACAAUGAAUCUGGUUCCAGUUCCUCGUCUUCGUCCUCGGGAGAUUCCUCAGACUCCGACUCCAACUGAGGGAAACUGACAUUUUUUUUAAGAGGAGAUUGAGCGGGACUGAUGUGUUUAAAGUGUACCUGUCUCCGCUACACUGGAAGCAGCCAUUUUUUUUUUCUACUAACCCAUUCUUGAUCAGAGCGCAGCCUGUUUCCAUCUAGGAGCGAGGAAUGUCAUCUUAUCAACAAUUUGGAUGCAACCAGUGAUGUCAUCAGUACUCAGUGAUCCGAUAGGCUGCUUUAUACUGAGUCUUACACGAAACGGCCUCCUCAAGUGUGUCAGCGACUGGUACACUUUAGAUUGUUUCAGGGCUGUAGCGGUCUGAUAGGGUAUCUUGGAGCAUGAUUAGCCUCCAUGUAAAAAAAAAACAAUACAAAAAAAUCUGUAUCACAGUUGUGGCACCGUGAACCUUGAGCCUCUCCUACUUUUCUACCUUGGAAGAAAGUUCAGUUUUUCCUUCCCUGACUGACUUUAUUUUUGUGCAACCCUCCUUACCAUCCCUGUAAAUUAUGGGCCUUAAAGUGUCUGAAAGAAGAACAAGUUCCCAUAGCAACUAGGCAGCUGCUCUUUUAUUUUCGAACUUGUGAUGCUAAGAGAGAUGCUGAUUGGUGGUCGUGGGCAACAGCUUUUUUUUUUUUUUUUUUUUUUUUUCAUGAGGUUUCUUCUUUCCUUUUUCAUUUUUGUUCCUACCACCCCAUGCAUUUUAUUUUUCUCCAGCUCUGCUUAAAGCCAAGAUGAAGUUAGUGGUCUCUCUUCUAUUUUUUUUAUUACAGCAGUUGUGCAUGGUGUCUGUUGUCUAGUAGGCACCAGAGAUGCACUUCGUGAUCAGCGCUCAGUAGCGGAACUGGUUAAACACACCCCCUUCUUUUUUCUGCAAAACAGGUCUGAGGGGGUGUGGCUGUUACUCAGCUCUGCCAGGAUAAAGCACUGCAGCGUAAAGUAUUUUAAGGCAUUUGCUAGCAAGUCACGAAUCAUAACCUAGAGAACUAUGAGACUUCAUUUGGGCUUUAAGUUGACCUAAAAUGUUACUACUUCCCCUCUUGCAUAAACCAGUUUUGCAUUUUGCCUGUGCAGUAGUGUCCUUCUCCAUCUAGGAACAUUUUGCUUAUAUGAUCUUGUCAGUGUACGAAUAUAGAACAAUACCCAUUCAAAAGAGUUGGCAAAAUUGGACUUUAAGGCUUGUCAGUGUACCAAACCUGCUCAUUUGUCCCAUUGCUUUUUCUGCUAUGUAUAAAACGAAUUUAAGGCAAAACGCACCUCGAUUUGAGAAGGGCCCCUGUCGUACCCAAUCUGCUUUUCCAUACUAUAUUUUUUUUUUUUCCCUUCUGUUUUUGUAUUCGUUGCCCAUUCAGACUUGCUGUACUUGGCCCUCCUUUCCGAUCCCGUCAUCCUGUGUCCUUUCUGCUACCCUUGGCUCCUUUUUGUUCAGAGCCGAGGGUGCGGCAGGGAUUUCUGAUCAUUGGGCGUUUUGGCUGAAAUUGUCUAAAAGGGGGCGUCCUUAUCACUUGUUAUCAAUAUAAAGGAUGGGCAAGUGGGCUGCUUGGGGCAAUACACAGUUCUCCAGAACUUUAAAUCAUGAGACUUAAUAUGACCGGAUCUGCUCCGCUUGUUUGCAAUCACGAAUGUCCUAGAGUUUUGAGUUAAUGUCAAUCUGUUGCAUAAGAGAGAAGGAUGUUUGAGGUAGCCAUCACUUGAAGCUCACCUGCCUAGGAUAACUAUUCUUCAUAGCAAUGCUUGGGUCCCUGUGGAGCUCUUUGGUGCCCAGGUUGCAUAUAGGGUCUCAACUUCUCUCCACACUAAGGUUGGCCAUAGAUGGUUCAAUACUUGGCCGGUUCAGCAGGACUGACCGAGAUUCGAAUCGUGUGUGGGUAGGCUGAAUGUACCAAGUUGAUCGAUCGAUCGAUCAGCUUGGGUACAGAAAGCCUGCCGGAUUCACUUGCGAUUAUCGCUGACGGCUGCUAUAGCCACUAGCAAUAAUCAUUGUCUUCUCCCGGUGGGGACAGCUUCCCGUCCCGGGAGCAGACAAUGGCUCAGCAGGAGGACACUGUCUGUGUUGAUGGGGGAAUCAUGCAACCUGUGGUUGCAGGAAAGAAAUUUGCACAGUCUAUACUAAGAUUAAACCCUCACCGCCAUCACUAAAAUUCGAAUACCAGAGCUUCAGUGAGCAGUAGUGGCCCUGACAUUUAACCGAACCUUAGGUUUAUUCUCAACAUGGAGAGAAGUUGAGGUGGCCAUGUGCACAGCCUGAGCUUAGAAUCCAUGGAAGGAGCACCACAAGGAACCAGGGGUUGAUUUGAAGAUUAAAACUGGUCCAUGCACAUGGUAAUUGGAUUGAGCGAUAGAACUUUGGAUUUCAUUUUUUUUGGCCAAAAUUGCAUUGGAAGACCUAAGAGUUGGUUUCUUUCUCUGCUUAGUUUUGACAUGGCAAUGGACCAAUUUCUGGUGGUCAGUCAAAGUAGAUUUAUUAUUUUCUGUCCUUUUUUUUUUAUUUUUAUUUUUUUUAUUUUUUACUUUUGAUCGCUUGAAGCAGAUCCCAGUGGAUCAAAAGUGGUUGAAAUUAAAUUAAAAUUGUUAUGUGUAUGGCCAGCUUAACACUUGCAGGAAAGGUGCUACACUUGAGUAAUGUUGGCCUAGGCACACUGUGUUCCCUCUCAGCUUCAUUUUAAAGCUAAGUUCUCCUUUUUUAGAAAAUGAUCAGUGCAGUGAAAGGGUCCCAGUCUAUUCAGCUUGAUAAAAUGUUCCUUAAAUUGUCAAACCAGUAGGCCAGUUGGGCCCCCAGGUGCCUGGCCAAAAAAUUCCCAGUUGGCAAUCCCCAUGUCCUGCCUUUUUGGAGUUCGCUCCUGUAAUGCUGGGAAUGAGCGUCCAACGGUUUUGACGUUCCUAGCAACCAGGCAGGAUGUGGUAAUCGCUAGCUGGGAGUUUUUCAGUCAGGCUUUCCAGGGGGGUCCAAAUGAAAUUAUUGGACAUUUUACAAAGCUACAUUUUUUUCAUAUCUACUGGGGCCCGUUAACUGUGUAGGCUUAUUUUAUUUUUAUUUUUCUGGAAAAGAUGAACUUCGCCUUUUCGAUAUUGGACCAUGUCCCAAAAUGGCUUAUAUUUCCUGUACUGUACAGGUGACAGAAGCACUUUGGGUCUUUAAAGCCUAAUUGAAAUCGCUAAAAAAAGACAUUAAGCCAUCCUGACCUCGUACUAACAACCUCAGUUCAUAUAGUCUUUCCUCCACUACCCUGUUACAGCAGUUAUGCAUUAUGUCUAAAUAUCACUAAUAUAGUUCAGUUGGUGCAAGGGGUUGACAUCCUUGCCCAGUGCAAUCUAUAAUCUAACAGACCUGGUGAGACACGCCCCCUUCUCUUCCUCAGAGGAUACUUUAUCUUGAGGGGUGUGGCUGUUGCUCUGCUUGCAUAAAGCCCUGCAGUGUGAACAGAGGAAGCAGCAUUUUAACUACAUAGUACUCCUCUAUUUCAGCAUAACUCACUGGACCAGGAGGGCAGAAAGCAGCAAAAAAUAGUUCAAGUGUAGUUCCACUUUUGCAGUCAAAUUUCAGAAAACCCCACUAUAUAUUUACCAUUCACGCAGCACACUUAUUUUGAGGGGUGUGGCUGUUACUCAGCUCUGCUUGCAUAAAGCUCUGCAGUGUGAACACAGGAAGCAGCAUUUUAACUACAUAGUGCUCCUCUAUUUCAGCAUAACUCACUGGACCAGGAGGGCAGAAAGCAGCAAAAAUUAAGUGUAGUUCCACUUUUGCAGUCAAAUUUCAGAAAACCCCACUAUAUAUUUACCAUUCACAUAUCAUACUUAAAAAUUGUAUUAAAAAGAAACAGAUCUUCCCUUUCUAGUUGUUUCUUCAAUGCCUUUUGGGCAGACCGCAGGCUACUCUGAACAGUUUUAGAGUCAAAGUGGAGCGACAAUAAAGGGGCAUUGCCAUGCAAUGCAGAAUUCAGGACUUAAACAUUAACACCCCCCCCCCCCCCUUUAAUAUUCUAUAGCUGAGGAAAUAUUGGAGUUUUCAGAAAAGAGCAAGUCCAAAAGGUAAACAGCACAUUUUUUUUAUUCUUUGUGAAGUAGGUGUUCUCCUAAUUUGUCUGCAAAAUUGUAAAUACGCUUUAAGGCACUCCAAGUGAUAGGAGGGUCUUAAUCGUAACAACUGGCAGUGCAGGUCGAUGAAGAAAACGGGAGCGCAGGACUUUAAUUGGGCUUUAAGUGUAAAAAAAAUCAGUGUGUUGCCAUAGCAACUCGGCAACAUUUUCCUUUUUAUUUUACAUACUGUUAGCAAGUUAGAAACUGGAAUCUUGUUGCUAUGGGCAACACGCCCCCCCCCUUCUGCUGCAAUGGGACUGGGGUUAGUGAACAACAGUCGCACAUCAGAUUGGAGAUGACAGAAAACAACGUCUUUUAUCUCCAAAAACAUUGGCGAGAAAAACAGUUGUUGCCCAUAGCAACUAACCCCCGUGUUUCUAAACAUUGGUUGCUCAGGGAAGCAGUCCGCUUUUGUAUUUGCUCCGGUUAUUCUCAGUUGGCCCAGUGGUUGAGAAGGAGAGGUGUUUUUUUUUGUUUGUUACAUGUAUCAAAGUUGUAUUUUAGCCACUUGUUUUAGUAUGUACAUCAUUUUUUUUUUUUUUUUUUUCUUGCGUCCGUUUUAAGAAACCCGAAAAAAGCCCCGAGUUACUUUUGUAUUUUUUUUCCUUUAAAAUAGUUUUUCUCUUUUUGAGGGAAAUGUAGAUUCUUUCUGUGUCCGAUGUUGGCACGGUGAGAUGCGACACUUUUAGUGCAUUUUUAGCACUAUGGAAAA